AUAGAACGAGUCAAUGGUUCAUUGAUUUAAUAUAAGUGUCGAUUUGAGAAACAUAUUCUAAGGUUUUUUAAGCUUGAUUUUGAUAGCCUUAUCUAUCAGACUACAGUAAUAAAACUUCUUGGUUUUUUACCUUUUUUUUGGUGUUUGUGUUUUUAUUGACAAAACUUAUGACUGACUUAUGACAUGAGUUUUGUCAAUUCUUUUGAAAACUCAUAUUUUGGAUAAAUUUCUGAAAUGGAAGAAAACGAUGGACAAUAUUUAGAUACAGAAUAUAAACGGUAUUUAGAAAUAAUUCGACCAUAUUUAGGUCAGUUACUUGACCAAGAUGUUAUUGAAAUUUGCAGUGCUUGGAUACAAAGACUUUCAAAAUGUAAAGAUCAUGAAAAAUUAUUACGUAAUAAAUACAUUUUUGCUAUGUGCUACCAAUUAGCUAAAGGUGUUCUUGAAGAACCUUUUGUCAAGGAACCAUCAGCUGAUGAUUUGUGUCCGUUAGUCGAUGAUGAAAAUAGUGAUGAAAUUUCGUCUGAAUUAGAAUAUAAUAUAGUUGAUUUGGAGAAUGAUCAUACAGAAAUGGUUUUCAAGAACGAAAAGCCUUCAUACUCUACCAUAUUGCUCUCUGGUGAUAGUGAUUUUAAGACUGAUAGCAUUAGAUACCAAAUAUCAGUAAAAAGUAAUAAAUCUAUUAAUUCAAUGACAUACAAUAUACCUCAAGCUGUACAUAAACAGAAAAUAAUGUGCUAUAAUUUUACUACGGAAACGUCUGACCUUAAAAGUAAAGAAAACGUUGAAAAUACAUAUGAUAAUUGUAAUUUAAAAGCAAAGACUAAUAAUGUUGUGAUGAAGCUUCGGGAAAUUAAAAGAGAUAAUUUUAUGUUAUUAAAUGAACUUAAUACUUUAAAGGAAGAAUUGAGGAUGAGAAAAGAACUCAGUCGCUCUCGUGACGACAUUUUGAAGGUUAGUCAUGCAACAAGUACUCAUGCAAUGUCACGAGAUAGCACAACUGCAUUAAAAUGUAAAUUACAAGAAAUUACGGAAGCGAGAAAUACUCUUCUCGAUAAAAUAACUAAUUUGCAAGAUAAACUAGAUAACUUUAACUAUAUGAAAACACAUGACUUUGAAGACUUAGGAGCCAAGCAUAAGAUAGAAAUUAUAAAUAUAAAAACGAGUAUACGUGAAGAAAUGAAAGCUUACUAUGAAAAUAAAUUAGAAGAUCUCAAGCAGGAAUACGAAAAAGCCAUAAAAGAAAUCCAAACAAAUAAUUCAAAAGAAAUAGAACAAAUUAUCACAGAGAAGGAUGACAUAAUUUCCGAAAAAGAUAAAAUUAUUUUAUCUAAAACCAUUGAAAUAGAAAAAUUAAGUAAAUGUAUUGAAGAACAUAAAAAACACGAAUUAACAUUGCUUAAUAACUCAAAAUUCCCAAGUAAAGAUUCCGAUACAGAAAAUUUAAAACGAAAAGCGGAAGAGUUAGAAAAACGAUUAAAUAAAACGGAAAAAUCUAAACUAAAAUAUUUUAAGGCGUACGACAUAAAGCUAGCUAAUUUACAAAAAGAAAAACAUUUAAUCGAAUGCUCUUUUCAUCUGGAAUUAAUGAGACAAAGGGCUCAAGUAAUAUACGAAAUGUCUAAUGAACAUCAAACUGAACUUGAUUCUGCUUUGACCAAAUUAGAAAGCAAAUACAAGGAAAUUAUUGCUAAUGUACAAUCGACGGCCGUUCAAUGCAGAAUUCGGGAACAAAUGGCGUUAGAAUCGAUAAUACAAGCAGUUUGCGGUGCACGGAAUGAAGGUAUGUACACUAAUAGCGCGCAAGCUACAUGUCCAAGCCAAUUAACGAACAAAGCUACGCAUAGUCAAACAAGGGAUAACAACGCAAAUCGUGAGACUGAAAUUCCGACCAUAUUUCAAAGUAAUAAGGUCGGUAGUGUCAUCGUCAGUGGUAAAUCUUUUGGCGAAGAGAGUGUGGUAAAUGAGUAUUGCCUUGAUAGCCAGAAGUUGGGUGAAAUGUUUGAGAAAUUGUACAUUCCUCAAAGGGACACUGGCGGUGACUUUAAUAAAAAGUAA